GGGAGAUCAGAUAUAGUGAAUGCAGGGUCCGAGGAGAGCGGAUAUAGUGAAUGCGGGGUCCGGGGAGACCAGUUAUAGUGAAUGCAGGGUCCGGGGAGAGCGGAUAUAGUGAAUACAGGGUCCGGGGAGAGCGGAUAUAGUGAAUGCAGGGUCCGGGAGAGCGGAUAUAGUGAAUGCGGGGUCCGGGAGAGCGGAUAUAGUGAAUGCGGGGUCCGGAGAGACCGGAUAUAGUGAAUGCAGGGGUCCGGGGAGAGCGGAUAUAGUGAAUGCGGGGUCCGGGGAGAGCGGAUAUAGUGAAUGCAGGGUCCAGGGAGA